AGCGGUCCGGUUGUGUAGACAAAACAAAUUGUCGAGACAAUUUUCAAAGUAUUUCCUAACAAAAUUGGAAAUGUUUCUCGGUCCCAGAUUCGUGUCUUAUCGUCAUGUUUGUAAUGACUGACCUUCAUUGAGAUGAUAAUGAAGAAAAAAGCAGGGUCGGUGCAGGGUACCGGAAACCCCCGCUCUCUAAAUGGUACUGUCCUGCCGAGUGGUCAGAGGGCUGACCUUGUUGGCUUUGAUUCAUGGCAGGAUAUGCAUUGAGUUGGCAGCAAAGCCAACAUUGUUCUCACUCAGCCAUCUCUUUCCAAAUUGCAGAUCCCACUAUAGUGCUUUAAGCUGUAUUAAAGUUAUCAUUGAAAGCCUGCAUCAACUACGAUGAGUGCCACCAGAAAAACGAACAAGAAAGAGGUUCAUCCAGAGGUCAAACAAAGGAGAAGCAACCGACAAAGACAUCAGAGGGUCAACUAUAAUGAGAAAGCAUUGGCAUUUGAGAUUUGUGACAAAAAAAUCUCACAGAAACUUGGUCAACUUCAGCCACACAGGAGGGUCCACAUUAUCAAUGAGAGACCAUUUGUUUGUGACAUUUGUUUUAAGGGCUUCUCACAAAAAGGUACCCUUCAAAGACAUCGGAUGGUCCACACUAAUGAGAAACCUUUUGUUUGUGAGAUAUGUGGCAAAUGCUUCUCAAGGAAAGGUCAUCUUCAAGAACAUAAGCUGGUCCACACUAAAGAGAAACCAUUUGUUUGUGACGUUUGUGGCAAGGGCUUCUCAAGUUCCAGAAAGCAACGAAGGCAUCAGAUUGUCCACAAAAUGGAGAAACCAUACGUUUGUGACAUUUGUGGAAAAGGUUUCUCAAGGAAAGAUCACCUUCAACGACAUCAGAGGGUCCACACUAAUGAGAAACCAUUUGCUUGUGACAUUUGUGGUAAAGGCUUUGCAGCAAGUAGCAACCUUCGAACACACCUGAAGGUCCACGCUGAUGCGAAACCAUUUACUUGUGACAUCUGUUUUAAGGGCUUCUCACAGAAAGGCAACCUACAAAAACAUCUGAAGGUCCACACUGAUGCGAAACCAUUUACUUGUGACACUUAUGGGAAAGACUUCUCAUAUAAAUGUCAGUUUAAAAAGCAUCAGAGAGCCCACACGUUAAAUGAGAGACCAUUUGUUUGUGACAUUUGUGGCAAAUGCUUCUCACAUAGUAGCAAGCUUCGAAACCAUGAGAAAGUACACACCAAUAAAAGACCAUUUGUUUGUGACAUUUGUUUUAAGGGCUUCUCACAGAAAGGUACCCUUCAAAGACAUCAGAUGGUCCACACUAAUCAGAAACCUUUUGUUUGUGAGAUAUGUGGCAAAUGCUUCUCAAGGAAAGGUCAUCUUCAAGAACAUAAGCUGGUCCACACUGAAGAGAAACCAUUUGUUUGUGACGUUUGUGGCAAGGGCUUCUCAAGUUCCAAAAAGCAACGAAGGCAUCAGAUAGUCCACAAAAUGGACAAACCAUACGUUUGUGACAUUUGUGGAAAAGGUUUCUCAAGAAAAGAUCACCUUCACCGACAUCAGAGUAUCCAUGCUAAUGAGAAACCAUUUACUUGUGACAUCUGUUUUAAGGGCUUCUCACAGAAAGGCAACCUACAAAAACAUCUGAAGGUCCACACUGAUGCGAAACCAUUUACUUGUGACACUUAUGGGAAAGACUUCUCAUAUAAAUGUCAGUUUAAAAAGCAUCAGAGAGCCCACACGUUAAAUGAGAGACCAUUUGUUUGUGACAUUUGUGGCAAAUGCUUCUCACAUAGUAGCAAGCUUCGAAUCCAUAAGAAAGUACACACCAAUAAAAGACCAUUUGUUUGUGACAUUUGUUUUAAGGGCUUCUCACAGAAAGGUACCCUUCAAAGACAUCAGAUGGUCCACACUAAUCAGAAACCUUUUGUUUGUGAGAUAUGUGGCAAAUGCUUCUCAAGGAAAGGUCAUCUUCAAGAACAUAAGCUGGUCCACACUGAAGAGAAACCAUUUGUUUGUGACGUGUGUGGCAAGGGCUUCUCAAGUUCCAGAAAGCAACGAAGGCACCAGAUAGUCCACAAAAUGGAGAAACCAUACGUUUGUGACAUUUGUGGAAAAGGUUUCUCAAGAAAAGAUCACCUUCACCGACAUCAGAGUGUCCAUGCUAAUGAGAAACCAUUUACUUGUGUCAUCUGUUUUAAGGGCUUCUCACAGAAAGGCAACCUACAAACACAUCUGAAGGUUCACACUGAUGAGAAACCAUUUACUUCUAAAACUUGUGGGAAAGACUUCUCGUAUAAAUGUCAUCUUAAAAAACAUCAGAGAGUCCACACUAUAAAUGAGAGACCAUGUACUUGUGACAUUUGUGGCAAAUGCUUCAAACAUAGUAGCGACCUACGAAACCAUGAGAAAGUACACGCCAAUAAGAGACCAUGUGACAUUUGUUUUAAGAGCUUCUCACAGAAAGGUAACCUUCAGAGACAUCAGAUGGUUCACACUAAUAAGAAACCUUUUGUUUGUGACAUUUGUGGCAAAUGCUUUACAGCAAGAAGCAACAUACAAAGACAUCUAAGGGUCCACACUAAAGAGAAACCUUUUGUUUGUGAGAUUUGUGGCAAAUGCUUCUCACAGAAAAGUCAUCUUCAAGAACAUCAGCUGGUCCACACUAAAGAGAAACCAUUUGUUUGUGACGUUUGUGGCAAGGGCUUCUCAAGUUCCAGAAAGCGACGAAGGCAUCAGAUAGUCCACAAAAUGGAGAAACCAUACGUUUGUGACAUUUGUGAAAAAGGUUUCUCAAGGAAAGAUCACCUUCAACGACAUCAGACGGUCCACACUAAUGAGAAACCAUUUGCUUGUAUCAUUUGUGGCAAAGGCUUUGCAGCAAAUAGCAACCUUCGAAUACAUCUGAAGGUCCACACUAAAGAGAAACCAUUUACUUGUGACAUCUGUUUUAAGGGCUUCUCACAGAAAGGUAACCUUCAAAAACAUCAGAUGGUCCACAGCAACCAGAAACAAUUUGCUUGUGAGUUGUGAGGGAAAUGCUUCUCACAGUACAGUUGAGGCUUCAACAGCAUCGGAGGGUCCACACUAAUGAUAAACCAUUUGCUUGUGACAUUUGUGGCAAAGGCUUUGCAGCAAGUAGCAGCAUGCAAACACGUCUGAAGGUCCAAACUAAUGAGAAAGCAUUUGCCUGUGAUAUUUGUGGCACAUACUUCGCAGCAAGUAGCAACCAAUGAGCACAUCAUAGGGUCCACACUGACGAGAAACCACUUGUCCGUGUUAUUUUUUGGGCGAGACUCACGAAGCAGAAGCCUAAGAGCACAUCGGAGUUGUCCACGCUACUGAGAAACCACUUUUUUGUCAAAUGUUUCAAAGGCUCUCCCCGUAAAUGCACCCUACAAAUACAUCUGAGGGUCCAGAGUAGUUAAGAGUAAAAUCAUGCGCCUGUGAUAACAGACAGUGAAAUUCAUGCACCCCCAAAAAUAUGGCCUUUUGAACGUUGUGUUUCUCAGAAAAUAUGCUAAAUUAUACUGAAAGAAGACAUUGUAAACGU